CCUUCAAGACGCGGUACGUACUGACUGGAUCCACUUAAUUUUUAAUUCUUUAUGAUCUGCCUGACUGCCCUUCAUCUCACUGCCUCCAUAUGGUGAGAAGCUGCUAAGGUACCUUACCUAGUAGUCUUCUUAAAAUGGCCUCUUCUAUUAAGUUACACCCUAGGAGUCACGGAACUGAAACCGCUGGUCAAAAUCCGCUCCCCCAGCUUCUACAGACACCUUCCGGUUUGGCUAUUCUAGAGCUUCAAGGCACUAUCAAUGUCCCUGAAAAUAAUGAGGACAAUACCCAAAAAGUAACUAUCGGACGGCUCGUAUUUCCAGACUAUCACCCAGAAACUCAAGAUUCUUCUAGCACUGCUUGGAUGAAGCAGAUUCAUCUUUACGUGGGUGAGCAUCAGAGACUCACUGGAGAAGCCAAGAAGCUACCGAAAGCUAUGGCUAUUAUCAGAAAACGGACCAAGUCGGGGGAAGACGUAGAGAUGGCUGAUGAGCCAUCGAGUUCUUCUACGGUGGAGGAGCUGGAGGUGGUUGAAAUUGUCAAGUACAAGCUUGUAUUUUCUCAACGCCCAGAGCCCGUGGGAACUGGAUGAAGACAUACCGAUGUAUUGCUACGAGACUAGGAACUAAAUCAUAAACCCAUCAUAUGGCCCCCGAGCGCGUUCGGUUGCGAAGGCCGAGAAGUCUAUCUCUAUAUCUUAUGGUAUCAAAAGCCCUGAGCACAAGGGAAUUCGGAAGCCGCGUACAAAAUACCGAAUGGCAACCUGCUGGAAUGACCCGGACUAGGCGAGGGACAAAUCAACUGAGCCUAUAGCCCCCUGUGCACCUACAUCGGUAAUUAUUGGAAGGUCCCUGCACCUAGCAAGUUGUACGCGGGGUACAUUGAGUUUCUGGUCGGAAUGCCAAUCUUACUAUAUAUUAGGUACAUUCCGGGGUUUUUCUGCUUGGGUUGUAAGAAAAUCAAAUUGUAUCAAACGAAACUUGGAAGCAUAAACUCUAGAAUUAGAGAGAAUGUGAUGGUGAGAUUUCUUAAGAGAAAUGCAAAGAGUUGAGUUGGCACAAGACCCUCGUAGCCCUUCUAAAUACCUUCUGACUUACGAAGUCAUACUAUAUCUAUCCACGCAAAAUAG